CGACUCUGCGCCCUCCUCUACCAGCGCCCCGGUUUGCCAUACGCCCCCUUGCUUUCACGCGCAAAAGUUAGUAAUGCGCGUGCUCAGACGAGAAUGGCGGCUCUUUUGGAAUCGCUGCUGCUGGGGAAACUAGGGACCAGUAAGGCCCUAGUUUGGCUUAAAUACAAGCAGAGCUCAAAAGACCAGCCAUCGUGCGAGCCAUUACUGCAGGUACAGAGGCAGGAGUUUGUGUCUUUCCUACUGAACUUCUUGAGGGACCAGAGCAGCCACACUCUCACCCAUGGCCCAGCCACGCCUGCCAAGACCCCGGUCAGCUCCCGGUCGGCCGCUCGCUCCACGCGCCUCUCCAGUGACCGCGGCUGCAGGGGCGGCCGCUCUGCCGGGGGUGGCACCGGGUCGCGCGGCAACAGUCGUGUUCAGCUCUUCUCCCCGGCCCCCUCUGUGUCACCGCUGGGGGGGAGCCAAUGGGAGGGCUCGGCAGCUGCAGCUUCCACCUCUAGUAGGGGCGAGCUCAGUGGGGUGAGUGGCGUCAGCAGCCCUUCCUUCAGCUCAGUAUGGAGCCCGGCGCCCCGACCUCUGCAGGCAGACCGCCGCUCCGCUCACCGCUCCAGCCUGGGCGACUUCAUGACGUCAUCACCGCCCGAGAUGCACCCACACAGCCCCGCCAUGGCAACAGGGCAGCAGCAGCAGCAGCAGCAGCAUCACCGUGGCAGUGGGCGUAGGCGCUGCGGGGGUUCUGGUGGAGGGGGGAGGCCGACGGGCGGCCGUGGUUUCCAGCAGGACGACCCGUCUGCGUCCUGGGAGAGGGGCGCCAGGAGGGGCAGAGGAGGGCGAGCCGGUGAGGCGGUGUCACCCCCCACGCAGGUGGCUCUCAACUUCAACAACCUGGAGGACUUCCCUCCUGUGGGGGCGUCCCAGCAUGCAUCGCCUGUCCUAACCAAGCCUUCUCGUCGCAUCAACCCUACGCCGGUGCACUCGGAGCGGCCUAACUCCAAACCCAAGAGCUGUUUCACCUCCACCCCUCUCAGCCAGCCCUGCAGUCCCCCCACCAUCCCAGAGGGGGCGCUGGUUGUGGGUAGCCCACUGGGCCUGCAGGAGGAGAGGGAGAUGCUGAGGAAAGAGAAAUCUAAACUUCAGCAGCAGACUUGCUCGCCUCUGAAGCCGACCACGGAGCCCUGCACCCCUACCAAACCGGUGCGGAUGGACCCCACGGCGGCACAGGACCCCACGGCCCCCACUCCUGACCCCUCUAAAGUCACUUUGACCUCUGAACUGGACCUGCUCGCUGAGCUCUACUGCACUUGCAUUUCAGAGAACCUGGUGCCCAACGUGUUUCUGGAGCUGUUCUUCGUGCUGCAGCUGCUGACCUGUCGCAGCCCCCCAGCCCUGGAGGGAGAGCGAGACGGUCUGUGUGGGAGUGCUCACGACCUGUUGGAGAGAGGCUACUUCAGAGAUGUCCACAACUGUGUGUAUUUCGCCGUUAAAGUCGUGGAGAACCAGUUUGAGUUGGUGUGUCACCUGGACAAGUGCACCGUGCGUCUGCUGGCUGAGAAUGAGAGGGUGGGCUCGUUCGCUCCCGCGCUGAGGGACCGGCUGGCUCUGGCACAGGACACCAGCACAGCCAAGGUCUCCCCCUCCCUGCCCUCCUUCAUCCACUCCGUGCCAUUCCAGCCUGCCACAGACAACCGCUCCAACUUCAACAGCGACAGAGCCUUCCACAUCUUCAAGAAACAGAGGGAUAUUUUUUAUGAGCUGCUUAGAGACUGGGAGGACUUCCAUAAGGAGCCUGGCUGGGAGUUUGAGACAGCUCUGGGCAACAGGAUCAGGGCGAUGGUCAGUCUGCAGACUGCUGCAGGGAAUCACGCCCACUUUGCUCGGCUGUUCCAGAAGCAGCUCGUCCAGAUGUGUAAAGAGCCCGGGGCGAGAGGCUCUUUCGGCGAGGCCCCUGACGCUGAUGUGCUGAGCAUUCUGGGAGCGGACGGCCUGAGCCGGCUGAAGCGUCUGCAGGAGCGUCUGAUCCAGCCGCAGGGCUUCAUGGGACCCUGCCCUCCGCCCUCCUUCCCAGGGCACCAGGAGUUCUUCCGGGACUUCCUGCAAUCGGCCAGCUGUUGCCAGCUGAACCAGCACCUGAAGGACGGCAUGUGCCAGGAGCUGCUGCUUCUGGACGAGGUGUCCAUCCUCGGGGCGCCAGCAGGGGGCAGCGGUGAGGAAGAGGAGGGAGACGGGGACAUGGAUCAGCAGGAUGAGAAGCAGAGGUUCUCCUCUGUGCUCCUCGUGGCUCGAUUGCUGGCUAAGUUCCUGGGUUUCAUCUCCUUCCUGCCCUACCACACCUCCGAUCCUCCAUCCAAGGAGAUCCAGGAAGCAGCUAUUGCACUGCGCAGCAAGAGCUCUCCGGUGCUGGACGUCUGCGCAGUCCUGCGCAGCUGUGUGCGCAGACACAGGCUGGUGCUGACGCUGCCCUGGCUGGUGGAGUUCCUCUCCAUGAUGGACUACACUGGACCCUACCUGCCCUGCUUCAGAGCUGCACUGGGCUCACUGCUGCACCUCUAUAGGCGAAUGCUGCUGGGCAGAGGAGCUGAGGUGUGUUACCUGAAUCAGCUGCUGCUGGUGGCGGUCCUGGGCUGGCUCUUCCAGAUCCCUGUGUUUCCAGAGGACGUCGCGUUCAGUGAGGAACUGGACUUCGGUGAAGAGACCUUGGACAGUUCGCAGGGCCUGGACUCGCUCCCCCUGGUGGACCAGCAGCUGCUCUACACCUGCUGCCCUUUCUUGGGUGAGCUCCGUAAACUGCUAGCGGCCUUUGUGGCGGGGAGCACAGCCAAGAGCGGGGGCCUCCUACGCAAGAUCACACCCACCUCUGCUGAGCCCAGAGACCCCCCCACAACACGCUCCCAGCAGAAACUACAGAUGGAGUUGGAACAGGCAUUCUUCCACAACCAGCCCCCGUCUCUCAAACGGACGGUGGAGUUUGUGGCCGAGCGAGUCAGCUCCAACUGCGUCAAACACAUCAAGGCGACCCUGGUGUCGGAGCUGGUGAAGGGCGGCGAGCGGGCCUUGAGGGAGGCGCUGGCCGUGGAAAGUGCCAACGUGGCCAAGCUUAAUGACACCAUCUGCACCCAGCUGUGUUAUAAGGGCAUGCAGGCACUGGAGACGGCCACCAGGUUCUGCAGUGAGAAGGGUCCAGAGGCUGUUAGAGUCCUGUUGCCUGAGGAGACCUCCCCAGCAGUUCUCAGCACUUCCGAGAGCAUCACCACCCGGCUGGCCACGGAGAAGGCCUGCACCUGGCUCUCAUCCAACAUCACAGCGCUGAUCAAGAGGGAGUGGAAGAGUGUGUUUGACCGCGUCAUGAAGACCCUUCCCAGCCCUCCGCCCCCAAACCCAGAGGCGCCGACCCAGACACAGACCCAGAUCCAGACCCAGACCCAGGCCCCCACAGACCCCCAGAGAGGUGGUGGAGGACAAACCUUGGGAGAGAAAGACUGCCCCCCAGAGUGCACUCACCAAGCGCCCCGAGCCUCCUCCGUCAUCACGGACAUAAAGGAAGUGCUGAGCAUUGCAGUAGGACCUAGAGCUGAGGAUGAGGGCUGCACCAUCCAACAGCUGCAGGCUCUGCUGGACAGAGCAAGAGAGACUCUACAGUGCCGGAAGUUCUUGUCUGUGGUGCCGGAGCAGAUGCUGGUACGAUGCACAAUCAUGUUGGCCUGCAGGCUGGUGUCAGGAGAGCUCCCUCUGGCCCCCCCCAUGGACAGCGCAGGCAUCAGAGGCGUCCUGCAGCAGCUGGUGCACCUGUGGGGGAGCAGCCCCCUCCCCUCGUUACCGCUCCACCUGCUCUUCGCCUCCCCCACCCUCACCGCCGUGCUCAGACUCACAGACACAGACAAUUGCCAAAACUUUAGGGUCUUGGUCCAUCUGCUUUUGGAGGCAGGACUUCUAGGAAAAGAAGAUGUAGUGUCACAUUGGAGAAGCUUACUGGACCUGUCCUGGACCAUGGAGUCCAUUGAGAAGAUCCAGGAGUUGUCCAUCUCCUCCGUCCCCUCUGCCUCUGUCUCACUGCCAAGCCACAGAGACCUCCUGCAGAUCUCCCAGUGAACAGCAGAGGGCGCCCCCUCAUCACAUAGAGCACUCAGGUCAACUUACAGGGUUUGCAUGCUGAUACUACCGUUACCAAAGACACCAUUACCAAAGAAGUAGGAGCGCAGUCUCCUUGUGCUGCUAGCCAACCAGAUGAUUUUAAAGUUCAUUUUGGCCUUAGGUGGUUGGCUCUUUGCCUAGUGUGUGAAAAUCAUUUUUUCCCUUUACUCGGAGACUGCCACUGCUCAUGCGAUGAUGUCAUUGGCCUCAAUGAUGCCAUUUCCUCUUAGGUUCUCCCCGGAUCCAAAGAGCCAGUGAAUGCCGUUGUGGUUAGUUUGAUCUGCUGGCCCAGACUCAAAUGCUGUCACUUUGAAACCCCACUUAAUGUGUGUGUGUGUGUGUGUGUGUGUGUGUGUGUGUGUGUGUGUGUGUGUGUGUGUGUGUGUGUGUGCGUGCGUGCGAGAGGGCGUGCGUGCACGCCAUCCAUCCCCCAGUACCUACAGGACAAACCCAGCCAGCCAUUCUUAUUCACUGACUGAUUCACUGACUGGUCUUCUCCAUGACCUUGCGAUCCUGACCACCCUUUCGUAUUCCUCAACAAGUUCAAUAGGUCAAAGGAAAAAGAGGUGUGUCAGUGAUCACUAACUUGCCCCACGUUUCUCCAGUGCUUUGCAUGAGCUGGCCUGAGGCUAAGGGCUGUAAAGGUGAGGUGGAAGAGGGAAAGGUUGUUAUCGGAGCCAGGUGCCAGUGACCCUGAUAAGUUGACCAUUUAAAUGAGGGGGGAAAGAGGUGAAACUAUAGGAAUUGAUGAGGUAAAGAUAGAACUGUCUUAAAAUGAAUCAAGUUAAUUGAAAGGUGAUUAUAUAUCAUUUUAUAUGUAUAUUUUAACAAUAUAUCCUAAUUAUGUUUGUGAUGUCUUGAUAUACACUUCAACUUUAUACAAAUAUUCUACCAUGCAGCUGAUGCUGUGUGGGAACGAUGUCUGUGUCUCAUAAAUGUAUUGAGAUGCAUUUGUGAUGGACUGUUAGUUCAUGUUGGACUUGUAUUUCAAAUGUCAGUUGCUUUGUAAACUGUUUUAUGAUGUAUUUGCAUACAAAAUAAAGGUAUUUUAAAUGUGA